UCAUGAGAACCAUGGUUCAUAUUGUUGCCAAUAUAGUUUGAAAGUCACACAAUUUUACUGUGGGUAUUCCUAUAGAUGAUAGCAGACGACAGAUUUAUCAGAAACUGUUUUAAAACUAGCACAAGUUGUUAUUACACAAACAUAAUUUUUGUAAUCAUCAAGAAUCAUAUUUUAGUAUUCUAUUGACUUUAUGUACAACUGAAAAAUUUUCAUGUAAAUGGAAGUAAUAUACAGGAUGUUUUAGAAAAGAUUCCGAUCUUAAGACUUAAAGAUCUUAUAACAUUCACCAAAUAAAAAAUAUCUAAUCGACAUAUCUUUCGACAUAAAAUCAACUUUUAUUGUUUAUUAGCGUUGGAUACCAUAAGUGAGUCUUUUCGCAAUACAUUGAAUUAUAUAGUUAAUGAAAGCGACCGUAUUCACUAGUAUUGUAUUUUUUCAAAGUUUGGAAGACAACGAAUAAUUUUACAUGCAGACUAUUAUGAAAACCACUUACGAUUUAUACAAUUAUGUAUAUUCGUAUAAACUCGGAAUAAUUGAGUUGAAUUCCACAAUGACGAGUUAAAUCAUUUAAAUGCCAAAAAUUAAAGGAUGGAUGUUACGGAUAAUGUUGAUGGAGCUUUAGAUCCUCGAAUACAGUUAUAGGUUAUAUGCGUAAAUAAAUGAUUACUAAAUGCAAACGUAAUGCCUAAUACAGCCUGGUACCAUGUUCCACUUUGCUUUCACUUCAUUUUCAUUCUCAACGUUUGUCAAAUAAUAAAUAUUGAGUUAGAGAAUUUGAACGAUGCAACAGAUGAUAUAAAUAAACUUGAAACUGAAUUGGAUGAAGCUCACACUGCUUUUAGGCAACUAUUAUCUGAAACUACCAAAAGAUUAAAGGAAAUAUUAAAUAAAGUAGGAAAUAGUUGCGUUGAAAAAGCAAGGUGUUAUUAUGAAGCACUUGAAGUGGCACGUCAAGCUCAGAUAAAAUGUCAACAACAAGCUCAACUAUUCCAAAGAGCAAGCGAAAUUCAUGUGGCCGCAAAAGAAACUGUGGCAUUAGCCGAGAGUAGAUUUAUGUCACAUCAACAUGAAUGGAAUUUUGAUCAAGCAUGGCAGGAUAUGCUAAAUCAUGCAACGCUUAAAGUUAUGGACGCUGAAAAUCAAAAAGCAGAAUGUGGUAGAGAACAUUACAGAAGGGCAGUAUUGUUUCAUAAUGCUGAGAAAAGAUUGUUACAACUAGAGGAAAAACAUCGUCGUUCCAUAAUAAAAGCGCGACCAUAUUUCGAAGUCAAAGCACAGUGUGAUCAAAUGUUAGCAACUCAGAAAGAACGAGUCGAAUGUUUACAAAAAGCAAUACAAGAUGCAAAGACUAAUUAUGCCACAAGUCUCCAUAGGUUGGAAGAAAUUAGUAAUCAAAUACAUCAACAGCGUCGAGAUUAUGAUUUUAUAGCUAACGGACCCAGAGAACCAGGCGUUGGUGCAGAAUUGGUUAGUCCACAGAAGACUUCAAACUAUGAUGUAGAAUUUAACCAAUUAAGUGGCAGUAAAAUAAAGGAUUUCAUGAAUAAUCAACUAAAGAAAUAUAAUAGGAUACAAGAUUAUGAUAAUGAUUAUCAGUUACAAGAAGAUACUGAAAAUCUUGGGAAAAGAUCGGUUGAUGGAAGCGAAGCAAUAUCUUCUCAAUGGGAGUUUGAGCUAGGAGCUAACAUAGAAAAUUUGAAUAAUUUAUCUGUCAAGAAUUCUGUGCUUGAUCAUGAUAGUAAAAACGAAAAUCCUGGCUGCAUUCUUUGUUAUACACAGUGCCAACAAUCAAACAUGAAUUUAUUGCAAGAAAGCAAUAUCAGCUUGAAUUCCACAUAUACACAUAUGAAAAAGAUGCAAAUUUCACAACAGGAAUCAGACUAUUAUUCAAAACAUCAUCAAAGAUUGCGGCAGUACGAUCCUAUCAACAUUGAACAAUUAUAUACCAAAUCUUGGAAUCAGAAUUACUCUCAUAUGCUACAAAAUUUCGAUAGAAAUACAUUAACAUAUUACCAUAAUGAUUUUGAAGAUACUUCUGAUUAUGAACAAGUUAGAAACCAAAAUAAUACGAGCGGAGAACGAAGUAGAAAUUGUGAUAAAGAAAAACAGCGACAAAGUUAUUGUAACUUAUUUAAAAGAAGAAAUGUAGAGUCAUAUAUGUUAGAAGCAAAAGUCAACGGACAAAUUACCGCAGAAUGUUCUCGUAGACCGAUCCGGUGCCCACGAAUUGAUUGUGCUAUAAAUGUAGCUUUCUCAGCAUUGACGCAUCAUUUUAUCUUUGAUCAUCCAGAGGUACCUAUCUUGAAUGUAGAACCAGGUAUCAAAAGUACACUCAUCGUCAGUUUUAGUGCCUUAUCUUCCAAUACUAGUCGGUGCCUGGCUCUUCUUUUAGUUUCUGGCAAACUUUCAGAACCUAUUGCAAAAUUAUUUAAUGGUAGUCAAAUCAACCCAAAAUAUCGAAAUCGUUUACCAUUAUCAGUGCUGGCUGCUCGGCUACAUUGUACAGACCAAUAUAUAUCUAACGAGAAAAUUAAUAAAAAAAAAGAUUUUCAUGAAAAAAAUAUAAUAAUCGCUUGGGUUGCUGGGCUGGAUAUUGGAAAUACAACAGACAAACUUUUAUGUAGUAUUCAGGCUGUGGACAAGAUUGAUAAUGAAGGCUUACGUUGCCUAACAUACACAGGUCCAGUGAAUUCAUUAAGAACAGCACAAUGUCCUCAAGACAUUUAUUCAACAGGUGAUUGUAUAGUUCUGCAUGAAGGUCUCCUCAGUCACAUUACAUCAGAUUGUGCUACACUUAAUGUUAAUGUUACUGUACAUUAAAUAUAUUACAAAAUUUACGUAUAUAUAUAAUUAAAUUCCAAUUUAUCCCCCCCCCCCCCAUUAACAUUAUUAAUGAUUAUACUUACAC